GGGGUGGGAGCGAAGGCUCCCGGGGAGAGGAAGCGCCGCCGCCAUGAGCGUGGAGGCGUACGGCCCCAGCUCGCAGACCCUCACCUUCCUGGACACCGAGGAGGCCGAGCUGCUCGGCGCAGACACACAGGGCUCCGAGUUCGAGUUCACCGACUUCACCCUCCCCAGCCAGACCCAGACCCCGCCCGGGCCCGGCCAGGCGGGGCCGGCACAGGGCCAGGGGCCCCCCGGCGCGGGGCAGGGAGCGCCGGGCCCGCUGGAAGCGCAGGUGAAUGGUCCUGAUGGAAUCCUGCAGAAUGGAGCUGUGGAUGAGAACGUGGCCAAGACCAGCCAGCUCCUGGCAGAGCUCAACUUUGAGGAGGAUGAAGAGGACACUUACUACACCAAGGAUCUCCCUGUGCACGCCUGCAGUUACUGUGGGAUCCAUGACCCUGCCUGUGUGGUUUACUGCAACACCAGCAAGAAAUGGUUCUGUAACGGGCGUGGAAACACAUCUGGCAGCCACAUUGUGAAUCACCUGGUGAGAGCCAAGUGCAAAGAGGUGACUCUGCACAAGGAUGGACCUCUGGGAGAGACUGUCCUGGAAUGUUACAACUGUGGCUGUCGGAACGUUUUCCUCCUCGGCUUCAUCCCAGCCAAGGCUGACUCUGUGGUGGUUCUGCUGUGCAGGCAGCCAUGUGCCAGCCAGAGCAGUUUAAAGGACAUCAACUGGGACAGUUCCCAGUGGCAGCCCCUGAUCCAGGACCGCUGCUUCCUUUCCUGGCUGGUGAAGAUUCCGUCGGAGCAGGAGCAGCUCAGGGCCCGGCAGAUCACAGCCCAGCAGAUCAACAAACUGGAGGAGCUCUGGAAGGAAAAUCCAUCUGCAACCCUCGAGGACUUGGAAAAACCUGGUGUUGAUGAGGAACCCCAGCAUGUCCUGCUUAGAUAUGAAGAUGCUUAUCAAUACCAAAAUAUAUUUGGUCCUCUGGUCAAGCUUGAAGCAGAUUAUGACAAGAAACUCAAGGAAUCUCAGACCCAAGAUAACAUCACAGUCAGGUGGGACCUGGGCUUGAACAAGAAGAGAAUUGCUUAUUUCACUUUGCCAAAGACUGAUUCAGACAUGCGCCUCAUGCAAGGAGAUGAGAUCUGCCUGAGGUACAAGGGAGACCUGGCCCCCCUCUGGAAAGGAAUUGGGCACGUUAUCAAAGUUCCUGAUAGUUCUACAGAUUAUGGUGAUGAGAUAGCCAUCGAGCUGAGGAGCAGCGUGGGAGCUCCCGUGGAAGUCACUCACAACUUCCAGGUGGAUUUUGUGUGGAAAUCGACUUCCUUUGACAGAAUGCAGAGUGCUCUGAAAACAUUUGCAGUGGAUGAGACCUCGGUGUCUGGCUACAUCUACCACAAGCUGCUGGGCCACGAGGUGGAAGAUGUCAUCAUCAAAUGCCAGCUGCCAAAGCGCUUCACAGCACAGGGACUCCCUGAUCUCAACCACUCUCAGGUUUAUGCUGUCAAGACUGUCCUGCAGCGUCCUCUGAGCCUUAUCCAGGGUCCCCCUGGCACUGGGAAGACAGUGACAUCAGCCACCAUCGUGUAUCACCUGGCCAGGCAGGGCAAUGGGCCUGUGCUGGUGUGUGCCCCCAGUAACAUCGCUGUGGAUCAGCUGACGGAGAAGAUCCACCAGACUGGCCUCAAAGUGGUUCGUCUGUGUGCAAAGAGCCGCGAGGCCAUCGACUCGCCCGUGUCCUUCCUGGCACUGCACAACCAGAUCAGGAACAUGGACAGCAUGCCAGAGCUUCAGAAGCUGCAGCAGCUCAAGGAUGAGACUGGAGAACUUUCCUCUGCUGAUGAGAAGCGUUACCGGGCGCUGAAGCGCACGGCAGAGCGGGAGCUGCUCAUGAACGCUGAUGUGAUCUGCUGCACCUGUGUGGGAGCUGGAGAUCCCAGACUGGCCAAGAUGCAGUUCCGCUCCAUCCUGAUUGAUGAGAGCACCCAGGCCACCGAGCCGGAGUGCAUGGUGCCCGUGGUGCUGGGGGCAAAGCAGCUGAUCCUGGUGGGUGACCACUGCCAGCUGGGCCCUGUGGUGAUGUGCAAGAAGGCUGCCAAGGCUGGGCUGUCCCAGUCCCUGUUUGAGAGGCUGGUGGUGCUGGGCAUCCGGCCCAUCCGGCUGCAGGUGCAGUACCGCAUGCACCCCGCCCUCAGCGCCUUCCCCUCCAACAUCUUCUACGAGGGAUCGCUCCAGAACGGGGUCACCGCAGCUGACAGGGUGAAGAAAGGCUUUGAUUUCCAGUGGCCCCAGCCUGACAAACCCAUGUUUUUCUACGUGACCCAGGGACAGGAGGAGAUUGCCAGCUCAGGCACCUCUUACUUAAACAGGACGGAAGCUGCCAACGUGGAGAAGAUCACCACGAAGCUGCUCAAAGCUGGGGCCAAACCUGACCAGAUUGGCAUCAUCACCCCCUACGAGGGGCAGCGCUCCUACCUGGUGCAGUACAUGCAGUUCAGUGGCUCCCUGCACACAAAGCUCUACCAGGAAGUGGAAAUUGCGAGUGUGGAUGCCUUCCAGGGCAGGGAGAAGGAUUUCAUUAUCCUGUCCUGUGUGAGGGCCAAUGAACACCAGGGAAUUGGGUUCCUCAACGACCCCAGGAGGCUCAACGUGGCCCUGACAAGAGCCAGGUAUGGGGUGAUCAUCGUUGGGAACCCCAAAGCCCUGUCCAAGCAGCCCCUCUGGAAUCACCUCCUGAAUUACUACAAGGAGCAGAAGGUGCUGGUGGAGGGGCCCCUGAACAACCUCCGGGAGAGCCUCAUGCAGUUCAGCAAACCCCGCAAGCUCGUCAACACCAUCAACCCCGGUGCCCGUUUCAUGACCACUGCCAUGUAUGAUGCACGGGAGGCCAUCAUCCCAGGCUCUGUCUACGACCGCAGCAGCCAAGGGCGCCCAUCCAACAUGUACUUCCAAACCCACGACCAGAUCGGGAUGAUCAGUGCUGGCCCCAGCCACGUCACUGCCAUGAACAUUCCCAUCCCCUUCAACCUCGUGAUGCCCCCGAUGCCUCCCCCGGGCUACUUCGGCCAGGCCAACGGCCCCGCUGCAGGCCGUGGGGCUCCCAAAGGAAAGACCGGCCGUGGCGGGCGGCAGAAAAACCGAUUUGGGAUUCCUGGCACGAGCCAGUCCAACCUCCCCAACAGCCAGGCCAGCCAGGACGUGGUGUCCCAGCCUUUCUCCCAGGGCCCCCUGACUCAGGGCUAUAUCUCCAUGAGUCAGCCCUCACAGAUGAGUCAGCCUGGGCUCUCCCAGCCGGAAUUAUCCCAGGACAGUUACCUUGGUGAUGAGUUUAAAUCCCAGAUUGACGUGGCGCUGUCACAGGACUCAACUUACCAGGGGGAACGUGCAUAUCAACAUGGUGGAGUGACGGGACUGUCACAGUAUUAGAGUGUUGAGGAAGAAGAGCUAAGCUUGUGUGGAGCUUAGUUCAUCAGCAUUUUAUUCUGGGUAAUAAAAAAAAUAAAAUAAAAUGGAUACCUGUUUUCCACUGCUAAAACUGAAGCACCACUGUGUGAGAGCAACAGGAGAAAGAAACCAACCAACGGAGAGGAGAGAGAGAGAGAAAGGAGCGCGCGAGAGAGCCACUGCUAGAGCUCACUGAGACAAGGAGACUGACCGAGAGGAGAGAGAGCCCUGAAGGACUGGCUGGCGCCUCACUGGGAAGGAACUCACCCCAACAGGAGUGGUCAGCUGAGUCCCUGCUCCCCCAGUCACCCCCAGCUCCAGAGAAGGGCCUUAAAAGCAGGUUUCACUUCAUUCCAUACUUCUCUUUGCGAGCAGGGCAUUAACUUUUCAGAGCAGAUGGGGAGAGGAAAACCCUCAUCUCAGAGUUGGGCUCCUUUUGCAAGGGGUACUAAAAUAUUUUAGCAGUAACUGUUUACAUUUUAGAAGCAGAGUAUCUGAGAGAGGGGAAAAAAGAGAGAGAGAGAGAGAGUCCCUGACUGGGUGACAGCCAGCCAAGCAGAAAUCCAGCUGCUGCUCAACUCUGAGGUGCAGGUUUUGUUGUCCAACACUGGCUCUGAAAUUUGUGUCAUCGUGUCGCCCACAUUCUGAACGAGGUGGUUUUAAAAGAGAUUCUUUCAAAAGGAGCACUGAAUUUUUUAAGAAGUUUUGUCUCUGAAUUCUUAGUGGUGGACCUGGGAGAUUUAGAUCCUUGUUCUGAGAAGCUUAUAUUACAAAAAACUAAAAAAAAAAACCAAAAAAAAAAAGUUUCAAACAAAAAAUUAGAGCACCAACCUUGAGAACUUUCAGUGUGAUUUAAAGUUGCAGCAAUCAGCCUCUUCUUCCUACAUGGGAUAGCAGUUAGAGUGAGAGGAGCCUGCGUGCUCGAGCAGGAGGGUUUCAAAGUGUUUUCUGUAUGCUUUAAUUGGCAACUGUCUGGACUCUACUCUGUGAAAAACAGCCUUUCUGUAAGAUGAACUUUAUGCUUGAAAGGGGACGGGUUCCUGUGCCCUUCGGCCCUGGAGGGAAGAUGCAGCCAGGCCUGCUUUGGUCCCCGCGGAUUUGGGGGAGGAGUAGUGGAAACUGGGGAUUAUUUUGGUUGGGAAGUAAAGACUCCACGCCACUGCAGGAGCAGGAUGGACAAAUGGACAAAGCAGGCAGGUGGUGGAAGGUGGCCUCUGAGAGAGAGCUGGGUUUAAUGGGAGAGAAUGGGUCAGGCUUUGGGGUGGCUCCUUCGGUGAUUAAGGCAGGCAAGGGACAGAUUUGAGGUGUUGGAGCGAGCCCGGAGUUUUCAGGGAGUGGCCACGGCUGCGCCAGCCCAGCUGGGGAUCAGGACUGAGAACAGCACACGAGGAGAAGCCAUCCACGUUCUGAGUUGUACCCAUGUCUUAAACAGUCAUAGGGGGACACUGGGAGCAUUUCAUUUCUGUCAAAACCUUUCUAGAAACAGCUCAGAGAGAAUUGACGAUUCCUCCAGACCCAUUUUUAGCAGACCCCGAAAUUAGAAUAACCUCUACCUCCCAAUUGGCAGCAGCAGCAGCAGAGAUUGAUCCAGAACCUGGGUGUUCCUCAAGCUGGAGUGAAGGUAGCUUUACACUCUAAGGGCUCCAAGUGUUUCUAGUCUUUUUUUGGGGGGGGAGAACUCAAAAUACCUCUCAUGUGAAUGUACUUCAAACAGCUCAAACCCCAUUUUUUGUACCCGGGGCGGGGGGAAGCCCUUUCAUUCCUGUCCUUCCUCUAGAUCCUUGCCCUGGAUUUGCCCCGAGUGUCUGACCUGGUGUGGAACAGCCCCAGCCCGGGAGGGACGUGCUCCCCCACUCCCCGGGGGGAGCUCCAGAAACUGCAAAAACUCAACUAACAAAACCCAUUCUUUUCUCAUCCAAAGCCUCCAGAGUUUAGACUUCUAAAACAGUGAAAGAAUGGAGACACAGGCCACCUUCCUUCCUUGUGAGAUGGACUGUUUUAUUUAUUAACAUUGCCGAAGGGCUUUUUAAUUUUUUUUCCUUCGUAGGCUGCGUAGUGGCGUAGACUUUUCUGAUAGGUUUAAGCUGGCCCCCUCUGUGCAAAGCUAUCCAUGAGUAAUGUAGCCCCCUCCUCUCCCCUCACCCCUUUAUUUCACUGCUGGGAAUGCUUGCCUCUGCUUCGUGCUGGUUUUUUCCUUUGUAGCAGUUAAAACUCUUGAGUUUUACAAAUCCAGACAUCAGUGCUAGCACGGUGUUAAAACUCUUCUUUUUUUUUCUUUUCUUUUUUUUUUUUUUUUGGAUUAAUUAUAUUUUUUUUGUCUCAGUUUUGUUUUAAAACCUGUUUGUCAUCAAUAAAAAAAUAACGAAUAAACAGCUCUUGCAUUCAAGGUGGCCCCUUAAGUUUCAAUGAGGAAACCAUGCAACGUUCAUUAAAGCUUUAGUCUGAUUGUAUAAA